AUGUACAUGUCGUUCUACCAGGACAUGCCGACGUUUUACCUCGGGCGCGUCAUUGGGAAUGCGCUGCCCCCUCGACAUGAUCCGCGCCGGACUCUGCAAAAUAUCGAGUUCAUUUUGCGCCACGAAGUGUCGGAUCCGACGCUGCAAAAGCACUGGGUCCUCAAUCGCAUUGUCGACGCCACUGUGGCGCAGGCGCUGCGGCAGCUGCUCGCCUCGUUCAACGCCACGUACUCGGAGCUUCCGUUUGAGCUGCCAGCCUACGCCGACGCGCCCUUCCGCGUCGCGUCGGACCACGGCAAGGACAUGGUGCAUGCUGCCGUGGACAAUAUGUGGCAACGCGCGCAGAUCGAGGCGGACGUGUACGACGCCAAGAACCUCUAUGUGAUGGGUAUCAACGACGCGCGCAACCACGUCUUGGCCCUCGGACAGCACGCAGGGGCGACGUGGAUUCUGCCGUGGGAUCAGAAUUGCUUUUUGACGAACGACGGGUGGCGCCAGCUGCGCGACGAUCUGACGCACUAUGCGUCGACAGACCACAAGUAUGUCGUGACGUGGAUGGACCGGCUUCGCGCCGAGAACGACAUUGUAUUGACGCCCGACUUUGCACCAACGCCGUGGGAAGAGCCGCAAGUGAGCUUCCGAUACGACGCGGUAGCGACCUUUGAUGGCGCGCUGCGGUACCACAUCUGUCUUACGUUUGCAAUCAUUUCCCACGACCUGAUGUAG